UCGGGCAACAGACGGCAACCUACCACUGGGCAGGGGCCUCUGGGACUCAAGGGGACUCUAGCUGUGGAGACUGGCCACAGCACAGCUCCCACCCAGCUUUCUAGGGUUAUUGGGUUCACAGGGACUCAACGGGUAGCGAUGGCUCAAGCAAUCAGGGGCACCACAGGUAGCUAUACUCCGGGCAUGCUAUCAGGACACGGGUGGCCAGUGCACACACAGCAGGGUGGUUCGGAACACGGGUGGUCGGUGCACACAACAGGAACAGUUCAGGACACGGGUGGUCAGUGCACACAGCGGGGACAGUUCAGGACACGGGUGGUCGGUGCACACAGCGGGAACAGUUCAGGACACAGGUGAUCGGUGCACACAGCGGGAACAGUUCAGGAGACAGGUGGUUGGUGCACACAGCGGGGACAAUUCAGGACACAGAUGGCCAGUGCGCACAACAGGGACAGUUCAGGACACGGGUGGUCAGUGCGCACAACAGGGACAGUUCAGGACAUGAGUGGUCAGUGCACACAGCGGGGACAGUU